AUGGACGAGAAAGAUGUCAAUAGUAAGUAUGAUCGUCAAAUUAGAUUAUGGAGUAGCCGUGGACAGAAAAGUUUAAGUCGUUCAUCUGUCUGCAUAAUCGGAGCAAAUGCGACUGCAAGCGAAACAUUAAAGAAUAUUGUUCUUGCAGGAAUUGGUAGGGCUGUUAUUAUUGAUAAUGACACAAAGGUUAAUGAAGAUGAUAUUGCAUCAAACUUUUUCAUAUCAUACGGACUUACGGGUAAAAAUCGAGCGGAAAUGAUAACUCAAAACAUAUCUGAAAUGAACAAGGAUGUCUUGAUAUCCGUUGAAAAUCGUCAUCUAAAGGAACUCAUAAAAGAUGUACCUUUUUGGAAUAAGUUUGAUUGUGUUAUUUUGAAUCAAUAUUUGCCAGACAGUGGCAUGUCAGAGCAACUAUCAAACAUUCUCUGGGAAAAUAACGUGUGCUUGAUAAAAGCUGUAAAUGCUGGUUUAUAUGGAUCGGUCCGUAUCCAGAUGCAGGAACAAGAUAUUUUGGAGACUCAUGAUAAUAAUUUGGAGGAUUUGCGUAUAGAUAACUGUUGGUCAGAACUUCAGGACUAUAUUGAUAAUAUAGAUCUCGAUGGGAUGGAUGACCAAACAUUUUCAAAUGUCCCAUACAGUAUUAUUCUUUCCAAGAUAUACCAGAGUUUUGAAAGAACUAAAAAUCAGCAGUUGACACCUUCAGCAAUCAGGACCUAUAUAAAGGAUCACUUGAGACGAACAGGCGAAGAAGCAAAUCUAGAUCAAGCUUGUAAUAGGGCAGCAAUUGUGCUUAAAAGAUCAAGCUCUAUCCCUUCAAAUUUACAGGAUAUCUUCAAUAAUUUGAAAAUUAAGGGUGAUCCAAGUAGCCUUAAUAAUUUUUGGCUACUUUGUAGGGCAUUAAAAAUUUUUUAUGAGGAAGAGGGCAUUCUCCCUUUGAGUGGAGUUAUUCCAGAUAUGGAAUCGGACACUGACCAAUAUAUUACUCUAAAGAAGCUCUACGAGAACAAAUUCAAUGCAGACAAGAAUAAAAUGGUGCAAAUUGUUCACAGGCUCCUUGGAGAAGAAACUUUACCCUUCACAGAUUUGCAAUUAACAAGUUUUGUGAAGAAUUGCCGCUUUAUGCAGGUGCAUCGGGGCUCAAGGGAUUUGUUUAGAUCUGAAAUACUUACUGAUAGGGAAAAUUCAAGUGAACUCCGAAAUGUCAAUAUAUAUCUCGCUCUCAUAUCGACUGAGGAAUUUUUCUUCAAGUUUCAUCGUUUGCCUACGAUGCAGGACAGAUCCAAGCUGCGUACCAUUACUAUAUCACUAUUGUGCCGCUACAAUUCGGUUAAAGACUUCCCAGAUGGUCUCGAUAAGGUUUUAGAUGAGUUGUGCAGAUGUUCUGGUGCACAGAUUCAUAACAUAUCCGCACUAAUAGGUGGAAUUGCUUCGCAGGAGGCGAUUAAAGUGAUCACAGGCCAAUAUGUUACUUUAGACAAUUGCCUAAGUUAUGAUGGUAUUCAUUCACAGGCAGUGACAUGGAAAAUAUAA